AUAUACAAGUGUGGGUUCCAGUCUUUAGUCUGCUGUCUAAUGCAGCUUUAAGGUCGUGUUUCCUAUGGUACAAUUAAAAAAAAUACCUUAUGGGUUUAAUUUUGAAAGUCCUGAGCGGAAAAUGUUUUCGUUCUGGCUCAUGGAUAUUCUAGCUAGCUUUACGGAAACGCCAUGAUUGUGACUGUUUGACAACAAUAUAGUAAACGCGAAAUUGUUUUAUAACCGUCGAAUAACCCUAAAACGGCGAAUAAACACACUUCAGCGAAAAACAGCUUAUUUUCUUUCGAUCUCUUCCUUCAGCUAACGUUACGAGGUUCUAAACAACUGAAAAAUGCAAGUCAUGCUGACACCUUCAUCAUAACUUCACAACUAAGGGCUGUGGCUGUGACCCCUGCCCCUGCUGUCAAGGCCAUCAUCCACGCUCAGUUUGGGCAGCCAUCCAAUAAGUGGUAGACAAAAUGGGACGUAUCUUCUUGGAUCACAUCGGUGGGACACGCCUCUUCUCUUGCGCCAACUGUGACACCAUCCUGACGAACCGAGCUGAGCUCAUCUCCACACGCUUCACUGGAGCCACUGGGCGAGCCUUUUUGUUCAAUAAGGUUGUAAAUCUGCAGCACAGCGAGGUCCAAGAUAGAGUCAUGCUGACAGGAAGACACAUGGUGCGGGAUGUCAGCUGCAAGAACUGCAACAGCAAGCUAGGCUGGAUGUAUGAGUUUGCCACUGAGGAGAGUCAGCGCUAUAAGGAGGGACGCAUCAUCCUGGAGAGGGCGCUGGUGAGGGAGAGCGAAGGCUUUGAGCACGCUUCCUCUGACAGCUCCUGAGCCUCCUGUGCUGCUGUAAGGAUUCUCAAUGUGUGACCACUACAGCUCCUCCUCCAGCAGCAGAGCAUGGACUUGCAUGGACAGUGUGCCAUUUAUGAGUAGAGCAAAAAUAAAGUCACAAGUUGAGUAUUUGUGGGAAGCUUAAACAAAAAGUGGUGGACAUUUUACCAUAACUUUAAACAAGUAAGAGUUUCAUCUGCCCAUCUAAAAGCACCUGCAUUUUCAAUAUGUGCCCAACAGGCUGCCAUGUUUGUAAAGUGUGUUGGUGUGGUGGGGUUUUGGCUGCUGUCAGAGGGAGAGAGUUUGCUCCGGCAGCUCAGACACUUAGAAUGUUGUGCAAGGAUACAGAUUCAGCCAUUAACUGACAUUGAAGAACUAAAGUGAAGACGGAGUCUGAUUAAGUGAAAUAAAAUCGCUUGCCCAAAGACUUAUUUGCUAAACAGUGUGAGUUAAUACAUUCAUUUUCUGGUGGACAGUUUUUAUUUCAAAUAAGUCACUUUCAUAUUAGCUGUAUUCUCUAGAAAGAACAUUAUAAAAGUAAACAGAAUUAAAGUACAAAAUGUCAUUAUCAGAGAGGCAGAUGUCAGCUUUGCCCUAUUACAAGUUUGUAUAUCCCUGCUUUAUUUAUUACCUCAAGAUAAAUGAUAGGAAAGUUGAUCAGAAAAUGUUUUACAGGGAUGGAAAAAGACAACUUUUGCAUUUCGGUACACUCUUGCUACAGAAUUCUUCUUCCAGCCACAUAGUUUACUGAUCCUAUUUCCAUGUAUUGUUCAUUUUUGUCCAUUUAACAGUUUCACAGUGAUAUGGUAUUACAAGACAGUAUUAUUAUAUCUAUUAUUUGAAAGAAAUGUAGAACUUUUUGGUCAAAAA